AUUUGCGUUCGCUAUUUUCAAGCGUGUAGUAGUGGUCAUGUUUUGAAGCCAAAAUGCGUGUGUGUGUUGGGUUACCCUGCAUUCGAGUACAGCCAUCCACACCACCUGCUGAGAACAGCUGCUGCUCUACGUGGACAGGUCGUUCAGUUUAAACUCUCAGAUAUUGGAGAAGGAAUUAGAGAAGUAACUGUUAAAGAAUGGUAUGUAAAAGAAGGAGAUACAGUGUCUCAGUUUGAUAGCAUCUGUGAAGUGCAGAGUGAUAAAGCUUCCGUCACUAUCACUAGUCGCUAUGACGGAGUCAUUAAAAAACUCUAUUAUAAUCUAGAUGACAUCGCCUAUGUGGGGAAGCCAUUGGUGGACAUAGAGACGGAAGCUUUAAAAGAUUCAGAAGAAGAUGUGGUUGAAACUCCUGCAGUAUCCCACGAUGAACACACGCACCAAGAGAUAAAGGGCCAAAAAACACUAGCAACUCCUGCAGUCCGUCGCCUAGCAAUGGAAAACAAUAUUAAGCUGAGUGAAGUUGUUGGCUCAGGAAAAAAUGGCAGAAUACUUAAAGAAGAUAUUCUCAACUAUUUGGAAAAGCAGACAGGAGCCAUAUUACCUCCUUCUCCAAAAGCUGAAAUUACACCACUUCCACCGAAGCCAAAAGACAGGACCGUUCCCAUACCGAUAUCAAAGCCUCCCGUGUUCAUAGGCAAAGACAAAACAGAACCUGUGACAGGCUUUCAAAAAGCAAUGGUCAAGACCAUGUCUGAGGCUCUGAAGAUACCUCACUUCGGGUAUUGUGAUGAGGUUGAUCUUACUGAACUAAUUAAGCUACGAGAAGAAUUAAAACCCAUUGCUUUGGCUCGUGGAAUUAAACUCUCCUUCAUGCCUUUUUUCAUAAAGGCUGCUUCUUUGGGAUUACUACAGUUUCCGAUCCUUAAUUCUUCGGUGGAUGAAAACUGCCAGACUAUAACGUACAAGGCUUCUCAUAACAUUGGAAUAGCAAUGGAUACUAAGCAGGGGUUGAUUGUCCCUAACGUGAAGAACGUUCAGAUCUGCUCUGUAUUUGAGGUUGCCACUGAAUUGAACCGCCUCCAGAAUCUGGGCUCUUUGGGUCAGCUCAGCACCACUGACCUCGCCGGAGGGACGUUUACUCUUUCCAACAUUGGAUCGAUUGGUGGUACUUAUGCCAAAGCAGUGAUAUUGCCACCUGAAGUAGCAAUUGGGGCCCUUGGAUCAAUCAGGGCCCUUCCUCGAUUUAACCAGAAAGGAGAAGUAUAUAAAGCGCAGAUAAUGAAUGUGAGCUGGUCAGCUGAUCACAGGAUUAUUGAUGGAGCUACAAUGUCCCGCUUCUCUAAUUUGUGGAAAUCCUACUUAGAAAACCCAGCUUUUAUGCUACUAGAUCUGAAAUGAAGAUUAGUAAGAUAUUCUUGAACUUUUAAAAUUUUUUUUUGUUGUUGUUGGUCUUUUUGAGGCAGGGUCGCGCUAUGCAGUUCAGGC